AUGCCGCAAGUCUUUCUGCACCGAUUGCUCAAAGGCAAUCCAUGUGGGGAUCGGGGCGGUCAAGCAUGAGGUAGUUCCUGUGAUGUCGGUGCGCUCUGGCGUUGAUAACGCGCCCAUUUGCCCCCAGCACAACAUGCCGUGGGUUGGGGUGUGCGGCGAAGCCGAGUGCAGCGAGAGGCGGAUGGGAUGUGCAGCGUGCAUCGCCCGGGGCACUCACAAGGGGCAUGCUGUGGAGAAACUGACAAAUGCGCUGGAUCGGCACGACAAGGAGCGCGAGCAGAUGGCGGAGGAGGCGAAGAAGUUUGCUGGUCAGGCGGCGGCGGUGAAGGAGCUGGCGCGGUCACGGCGGGCGGGGCUCGCCAUGACGCAGACCUCGAUCACGGCCACAAUCGCCAACCACUUUGACGACCUUCGCAAGCAGCUUGACAACAUGGAGAGGAGCAUGAUUGCUCGGGUAGCAGGCAUGACUCAGUCCGUCGUUACGUCGCUGGAUGCGUUUACGGUAGGGCUGGAGAGUGAGGCGAACAAUCUGGCGGCGGCGGCGGCGAAGAUCGAAGCCAAUGAGGAGCAGCUCGGCGCGCUGGUGCUUGCCAAGAGCGGCAAGCUAGUGGAGGAGGGCAAGAUGACUUUGGCAAAGGCGACCAAGGCGGUGAUGCUCCCACAGGCACAUAUAGGCCUGAUCGAGAGGAUCAUCCCAAUGCCGUUGCUGGACGUGCGGGUCACACCCGCACCGGACAAUGGUCUCUUGAACAGCUCCACGGCGCUCGGGAUCUCCAGCAUCAUCGAUAACGUGGCAAAGGUUGGAGCCAACACCAGCGGCAUUGUCAUGUCGCGGGGUUUCAAGGACACUCGGUGCCGAUUCGAGUUUGCGCUGCAGCCGCCGUCGGGCGCGCCGGCCGAUGCCGCCUGCAACGUCGGCAUCGGCGUGACGAGCAUGGCGACACAGGACGCUCAGCUUUUCAACAGCGAGCAAACAAUUGUGUGGAGAGCAGACAAGAUCACGAGCGGCAAGAUGGAGAAGAAGCUCUCGACACCGGCCAAGUUUGUUGCCGACAAGAUCUGCGCCAUCGAGUACGACCCGCAGAGCGGUACGUUUUCGACGUUUGUCGACGAUGUGCAGACCGGGAUCCAGUUUCAGCACGUCAUCCGCGGCAGCCCACUCCGCUUUGUGUUUACCGGUGAUGCCGGCUGGACGCUAAUCUGUGUUCUGCGGCUGCCCAAGCGGCAGAGGCUGCUGACAAAGGCGCCGCCGACCUCUUGAUCUCGCCCGUCCAAGCUGCUGCUUGCAUCAUGGGCAGUAUCAACGCUACCGUAGCUACUGUCGCCAGUUCCCGCACACGUCAAAGGCAACAAGUCAAAUAGAUGGCCGU